GAAAAUUUCUCCCUUUAUAGUUUGCUUUUCGGUUAUUGCAAUUAUUUCCACUUUAACGACUUGGGAGAGACCAGCUUUUAACUGCACAACUCUAUUAUUAUACGAUUCUAAGGUUGCCUGAAUCUUUGUUGCAGCUCGCAGAAGCAGCUAAGGCAGGGUUUUCAUUUAAGUGAAGGCAUUCAAGCUGAACAGCAGCUGGUGAUGACUUGUUUCUCAUUUUUAUUUUCCAGAAAGAAGGCAGCUUUCUCUGCUGAACAAACAGUAGAAAUCGAUGAAGAGGUUGCAGGUAUUCAGAACACUAAACUGUUUACUUACAAGGAACUGAAAAUGGCAACUGGAAAUUUUCAUUAUUCCAAUAAAAUUGGAGAGGGAGGUUUCGGUGUUGUCUACAAGGGGGUUUUCAGAGAUGGUACCAUGGGUGCUAUAAAGGUGCUGUCUGCUGACUCAAAGCAAGGGGUGCGAGAGUUUUUGACAGAAAUAAAUGUGAUCGCAGAUAUAGAGCAUGAAAACCUGGUUAAGUUGCAUGGUUGUUGUGUGGAAGGAAACCACAGAAUUUUGGUCUAUGGCUAUCUUGAGAAUAACAGUCUUGCACAAACGCUUCUUGGUGGAGGCCAUAGCAGUAUGCAAUUCAGUUGGCAAGCAAGACGCAACAUUUGCAUUGGUGUUGCAAAGGGGCUUGCUUUUCUUCAUGAGGAAGUUCGACCACAUAUUGUUCACAGAGACAUCAAAGCAAGCAAUAUUCUCCUUGAUAGAAAUCUCAUGCCCAAAAUUUCGGAUUUUGGUCUGGCAAAGCUUUUUCCAGAAUUUGUGACUCAUAUUAGUACACGUGUUGCUGGAACUACAGGUUAUCUAGCGCCUGAAUAUGCUAUUAGAGGUCAGUUGACGAGGAAAGCGGAUAUUUACAGUUUUGGUGUUUUGCUAUUGGAAAUUGUUAGUGGUAGAUGCAACACAAACAGGAGAUUACCUCUGUCAGAGCAAUAUCUUCUUGAAAGGGCAUGGGAGAUGUAUGAGCGGGGACAACUAGUGGAAUUAAUUGAUACAUCAUUGAACGGAGACUUUAAUGAUGAAGAAGCUCAGAGGUUCCUAAAGAUUGGCUUACUAUGCACCCAAGACAUGCCAAAGCUCCGACCAUCCAUGUCUGAAGUGGUGAAGAUGCUGAUGGGUGAGGCAGCUGUUGAUGACCAGAAUAUAUCAAGACCUGGCCUUCUUUCAGAGUUCAUGAGUCUCAGAGGCCACAAAGAUAAGUCUGACUUGACUUCUGAAGGCACAGGCAAAGUGGGGAAUUCAUCUUCAUCAUCGGGAAAUAUUACCACAUCAUAUGCUACAAUGACAUUCAAUUCGAUAUACGACCGAAGCAAUUAGAUUGGUGUAAUUAUUGUUUUGGUGUCCUUUGGCUAGUGUUCUGAAAAUUUUUUUCCCUGAUUUUUCUUAGUUAAAAGAAAAGCCAGGGCUUUGGAAAUUGCUAGCCAAACUAUACCAUUCUCAUCUUUCCUGCUUGUGAGACUAGCAAUGCUGUAAAUUUGUGUAAAUUGUAGUCAAUCGGGCCUUUAUAUUUUGAUUCUUUUUAAACCACUCUAGUAAGUUAAAAGGAGAAAGAGCAAGAAAAAGUACUGCAAAUCCAGAGUGUAUAAGAGCAAUACUUUGUGACAUCAGGUGAAUAAACUCUUCUCUGCUCA